UUCAAAAUCUUCUUCCAGAUUGAAAAACAACAAAACCAGAUCCCUUCCAAACAUCCGUGGUGCCUUCGGGAGCUUGCAGCCAGCCCAGUGCCUCUGCUGCUGCUCAGCGUGAUGCUGAGCUGUGCUACCAAGAGAACACACCAGGGUUCUCUCUGCUGAUCAUUAGGACCUGGACUGCAGCAGAACCCAGCUGCUGACGUGAAAAUCACUCUGUUGCUGUUGGGUACAUCUUAGAGCAGCAGUGGGAGCAGAUGCUAGAGCCGAGUGGGUGGGGAACAAAUAAGUUCCAUUGGACGAGGCAUCUGUGUGUUGCUGGGUAUUUCUUUGGAAGAUACUCACAAAGAGGUAGAACACAUGGUUCGCAAGAUUUUAAACUUGCGCGUGUUCGAAGACGAAAGUGGGAAACACUGGUCUAAAAGCGUGAUGGAUAAACAGUACGAGGUGCUUUGUGUCAGCCAGUUUACUCUGCAGUGCAUCCUGAAAGGAAACAAACCGGACUAUCAUAUGGCUAUGCCUGCCGAGCAAGCAGAGUCUUUCUACAACAGCUUCCUAGACCAGCUGAAAAAAGCCUACAAACCGGAGCUUAUUAAAGAUGGCAAGUUUGGUGCCUACAUGCAGGUACAUAUCCAGAAUGAUGGUCCUGUAACUAUAGAAUUGGAGUCUCCAGCUGCUACUGUGGACCCGAAGCAGCUGACAAAGCUUGAAAAACAGCAGCAAAGGAAAGAGAAGACUAGAGCCAAGGUACCCUCCGAAUCGAGCAGAGAAAGGAAUGCCCCUCGGAACAAGGAUGACCCCAGUGCAAGCAGUGGAGCAGAGGGAGAUGUGUCUUCUGAAAGGGAGCCUUGAUCUUCCAAAGCAGGUCUCAGUUUGUCAUACCAAGACUCUAUUGGAUCCUUAAGAAUUCACAGUUUACAUUCUCCUCAGAGUCACUCUUAAAGGACUUUGGAAAAGAAAGAAAAGCAGGAAAAUAAGAAAUUGUGACUCUACAUCAUUCUGCACUGAAAACAACCAAAGGGACGUUACCCGUUUCAGUUACAAUGUGGUAGUAGUAGUGAAAAUUAGUCCCAACAUUUUUCUGUGUAUCCCUGUUUGUUUUCACAUGGUUCCUGAAGGAAGGGUGAUGAGUUUUACACAAAUUAUAACAGAACAUAUGGUGACAGAGCACACGAUCAAUUUCCAAAAAUAAAUCAGGGUUUUUUCCCCCCUCAAAUUAUGAUUUUCAUUCUUGAAGCUGUCUGAAAGCAAG